AUGGAAUCUCAACUAAUAAAUCUCAACAAGCCUACAAAAGGCAAAGUCAACAACAAAUUAUUCUUCAUCGGGAAUCGAGAGUGUUUUUCGUUUCGAGUUAUCGAGAUGGUUCCAAUCGAUUCUCUCACUUCCUACACCAGUUUAAAAGACCUUCUCUCAAGUGCUACUCCAUCUCCGGUGGAUUCUCCGACGAAAUUUAAACGGAUUGAUAGUUGGCGAGAGAUUCCGAUCAAGGAUCCAUUGUUGCAGCAUGCUGCUUGGGCGUACCUUCAGCCUAUGACUUCUGAGCCUGAUUCCGAUCGCCGGUGCUGUUUUGGGAGGUUGAAGGAUUGCUUUAGUGGUAUUUUUCCACGGCGUUAA